AUGUCCUGGAACAUCUCCGAGAUCACUGACCAGUGGAGCUUCCCUUGGUAUGACUUCGAUAGUGCUGUCUACACUGCCGGGAGCUGGUAUUCCUACCUGCAGCUUUUCGAACCUGGCUGUAGGGUCGGAAACGGGUGGAACUGCACCGCUGCAUGCCUGGACACCAACAUUGGGCCGACGUUGGUCUGGAACAGCACAAGUUGGACCAAUUCAACGUACACGCUGCAGAAUUGCAUAGUCUAUCCUGUCAUUGCCAGCUUACUAGCAAGCAACCAGCUGAACGCACGUUCGGUUGAAAUCGCAAAGAAGUACAACAUCCAGCCCCAUGCGAAUCUCUGGCGAAACGCGACCGCCGGAUGGCCAGGUACGCGACCGAUCCCGCGUGGUUCAUUGCGAGCACACGAAGCUCUCCCAGAGCCAUUGCUUCCAACCGUCACCAUGUCGCGCAUGGAGCCUAAGACGUGGAAGUUCUGUGAGUCGAACGAGCAGCUAGCUCCAGGAUGCAAGAACACCAAUGCGGCUGCGGACGUGCAGUCUUUUGUCUUCACGCCGAGCGAAGGCUACGCUUUCAACCAAUCGAACGGUUUCUACCCUAUAAACAUCACCACUGUGAUCGAUACUGGUCUAUGCAACAACCUGAACGCUGUCAUUAACCCGGAUAUCGGGGGCAUUGGGAUGUUCGUGUCAUAUCUAAUGCAGAUGUUCAUCGUCCUCUCAGCGUGGCUUCUAUUUCACUUGUAUCAGACAUGGGCGGGUAUGUGCGGAGCGCCCAAUUGCUGCCCCCAACCCACAGCGCUGCCCAAGCUGUAUGGCUCAGAACAUGUGCCGAGAACUUCACACCACUCCGCUGCCCUUGUCUCUGCACUCGUUGAAUUUCAGAAAGCUCAAGUCUUCUUCAUGCUCGCCGUGCAAUGUGCCGCUCUGAUAGCGAUUCACAACCCGGCGUAUGUCCAAUCAACCUCGUGGCAGCAGCUGUUGAACAAUUUGGGCAUCUUAUACGACCUCGCCUUUGGCGGCUGCCUGCCUGUUCUCUUUGCGCUGUUCAUUAUGCGGCUCGCUGGCAAACGUUCUGUCUACACUCUAGCUUUCACUUGCUGCUGUGUCGCAUUGUCGGCAACGACCUGGUUCCUGACUUUCUACAUUCAGCUUGACAGCGAUGCAGACAUCAUCAACCCUGGCCGAACGUUGCCCGCUUGCGGAGGAGGCAACGUCACCCCAAUCAAGUACUGCUACUCUGCCGACUGGUUCUACAGGAAUGCCGAUGCUACGACCAAGGCAAUACCUGCCCUCGCCUUCUGCUUCGUUGUGCAAAUCUGUCUGAUCCUGGACCAGCUUCUUGUCUUCAAAGUGCCAACGCCGGAAGAGCCUGGCAGGAAGGGUAACUGCUUUGACUGGCUGCGUCACCAGAUCUUGAGGUGGCGCAUGUGGGAGUCCUACGAGCGUUCUGCAAAGAAAUAUCCUCGAUGGACUGCAGCAUUUCGCUUGGACACUGGCAACCAUUUGCUGGGUCUCAUGCAAGGCACCGUACUCCUCGGAACCGAAUGUGCCUUUGUGGCACUGAACAUCAUUCUCAUCUUGGAUUACGCCCACAUCCUCUUGCCGAACAGUUUUCAGACUCUCGAUCUCAAGGCGUGGACGCUGGGGCAAGUAAUAUCUGUGACCAUCUGGAUUCCAGUGCUGCUGGAGUACGUGUGGUUUGCGAUGGUCGGACCCGAAGAAGGAUUCGAGCACCGUCUGCCUGAGAACUACCAGCUCGUACGCAAGCCGACCGAUCAGUACGACGAUGUGGAGCUCAAGGGCAAAGAUGACACCCCUUCAUCAGCAGUCGAUCUGGCUCAAAUGCCGCCCAUCACCCGGCCUCGCUACGAGAGGAUCAAUUCAGAUAUGCAAUGGCAAGGUCCGACACAUUAG